CUCCGGUUCUCUCUUCUCAUCGACGCAGCGAGCGCGGGGGAAGCCGGCCCGGAGCGGCGACGAGAUGUGGGUGUUCUACGUGAUAUCGCUGCCGCUGACGGUGGGGAUGGUGGCGGCGACGCUGCGCUACUUCGCGGGCCCCGCCGUGCCGGCCGGCGUCCUCGCCGUCGUCGGCUACGCCUGGCUCUGCUCCCUCUCCUUCGUCGUCCUCGUCCCCACCGACAUCUGGACGGCAGUUUCAGGGAAUCAGAACAGUGACGUCGGGUUCUUUUGGAGCUGGUCGUAUUGGAGCACAUUUAUCCUAGCGUGGUCUAUUGUUCCCACUCUUCAGGGCUAUGAAGAUUCUGGAGAUUUCACAUUCAAAGGAAGGCUGAAAAGUAGCAUCCAAAAGAAUAUGACAUAUUAUGCAAUUGUGGGAUCCACUGGCCUUUUUGGACUCCUCCUGAUUAUUAUCAUGCGUCAUAAUUGGGUUCACGGUAUCUUGGGAUUUGCCAUGGCAUGCUCAAAUACCUUUGGCUUAGUGACAGGUGCCUUCCUGCUGGGUUUUGGCUUGAGCGAAAUUCCAAGGAACAUAUGGAGAAAUGCUGAUUGGACUCACCGCCUCCAAUAUUUAUCUCACAAAGUUGCCAAGAUGUCUACAAAGCUUGAUCAUGCUCACCAAGAAUAUUGCAGUGCAAUAUAUGUUGUUCAAUCCACCUCGAAUCAAAUGUCCAAGCGCGAUCCAUUAAGACCUUGCAUGGAUAUCAUUGAUAAUAUGCUGACUCGAAUGCUGCAAGAUGAUGCAUUAUUCAAGCCUGCUGGUGGGAAAUUAGGGGAAAAUGAUAUGGACUAUGAUACUGAUAAUAAAACAAUGGCUACGCUCCGACGACAACUUAGGAGGGCACACGAGGAGUAUUAUAGGCGUAAAAGUGAUUAUAUGAAUUAUGUAAUGGAAGCCCUUGAGCUUGAAGACACUAUUAGAAAUUAUGAGCAACGUGGUGCCAGUGGAUGGAAAUAUCUAUCAAGUUUCAGGGAAAAUCGAACAGGAACCCUAGGGUCCUUCCUUGACUCCACAGAGUUCAUUUGGCGCUGUUUACUGAAAAAGCAACUUAUGAGAGUACUUUCUGUAAUCCUUGGCUGCAUCUCGGCUUCCAUACUGUUAGCUGAGGCUACUUUGCUACCAAGUGAUGUUGAUCUGUCACUUUUCUCCAAUCUUAUAAAUGCUGUAGGAAAGCAAGAAGUUCUAGUGCAGGUUGUUGCGUUUGUUCCCUUGAUGUACAUGUGCAUCUGCACAUAUUAUUCUCUGUUUAGGAUAGGGAUGAUGCUUUUCUAUUCUUUGACCCCAGGACAAACUAGUUCCGUCAGCUUGCUUAUGAUCUGCUCAAUGGUUGCAAGAUAUGCACCUCCUAUUUCUUACAACUUCCUGAAUCUCAUUCACCUUGGUGGUAAUGCUAAAACUACUUUUGAAAAGAGAAUGGGAAACAUUGAUGAUGUUGUUCCUUUCUUUGGGAGAACCUUCAACAAAAUCUACCCACUCAUUAUGGUUGUUUAUACCCUACUGGUCGCCGGUAAUUUCUUUGAGCAUCUGAUGGACUUCUUUAUUCUGCAGAAAGGUAGGAACUGCAUAAUUUAUCCUUUCUUGCUACCCCACACAUCCUCUUUUCUUAUAAAUUCGAUGGAACAGGGACGCAAGGUCAGCGAGCAUGCAACUCCACUAGCAAGAAAUUUCAGCAGUAUAGGCAAAGACGUCGAAUCGGGAAACGUGCCAUUGGGUGAAUCAACAGUUGAAAUGACUUCAGACCGAACCACCCAAACGAAACACAGUGGCAACAUUGCCUACAAAUAUUCUUCAGUCAGAGACCAAAGCAGCAGUCUGAAACCAGCGGAGCAAGUGCAGAAGUGGAUCUCAUCGGCCUCCUCCAUCAACAUUGAGGCCGGUAGCCCAGAAGAGCCGCCGGCCGCGAGUACAGAACAAGAAUCACCACCAGCUGAAACGGCCUCAAGGUGGGCCUCAAUGAAGAUGGGUCUUCAGAACUUCAGAGCAAGAAUGGGCUCCAAGAAAUUCUUCUGUUUGAGCCCGUCCCCGAGUCUCGGGACGAACGCGUCCGCUACGGAAUCGCUCGAUGAGAUCUUCCGGAAAUUGAAACGGAAUUCGAGCAGCGCGGAUGCGGAUCACCUCGACGACGAUGGGUUACCCUGACGACGAUGGCGGCGGCAACACACGAAGGAACUGCGGCCGUUGAGAGAUCAAUGUGGCUUAACGAUCUCAACGUAGGAAACAAGAAAGCUCCGAUUGAAGGAUUAGAGAACGUACAGAGAGGAGUGGACACAGAAUGACAGGAGUUGACCGAGGCACAGAAGGCGCAGUAGAUUUUUGUAGGCUUCUGCGGGCAGGACCGGGACCCCAGGUCGCUGGUUCAUUUGGAGAAGUGUAAGCAUGAACAUGAGCUGGUGUCUGGUAACAUGGGAUGCCCUGUCAGAUGUGUUCUGCGUGUGCAAGUUCUAUAGCUCUUACUUAUAGAUGUGUUUGUGAUCAUUGCAUAA